AUGGGUAUUGACCGAGACGGACCCCCACGUGGAACUUUCGUGGGCACCACAGAUAUUGAGGAAGGAAUGUCAGGGUUGCCAGGUCACACAAAUUGCCACCGGGAAGGAUACCGGAAACGCUUUUUAUUCCAUGUUGACUGGUCCGUAGUUUCGGUGGCCCUAAGGGUGAACCGGCGGGGCGCGUCCGAAUAUGGAUCGCGAAGUGGGGAAAAUCGAUCAAUAUAUAUAUUCCUUUUUUCAGAUGCUCACACACGUGGUUGCGAAACCCUAGCACUUAGGGAGGGAAUAGAAAAUAAAAAAAACAAAACAAAAACAUCAAAAUUCGGAGGGUUUGGCCUAUCGCACAUAGGAUGUGAAACGCGGGAAUUAGUAUAA